UCGUUGUCACUCUCGUUGUCGCCGUUCGUCGCUCAUCAUUUAAUCCGUUGGACUGACUUACAGUCCAGCUUCUGUGGCAUUGUCCGCUUCUGUUUUGACUUGCCUGCAGUUGCUCUGUGAUCUCUUCCUCUCGCUAGUUUUAUUUCUGGUUCGACGCGCGUUCGUUCGUACACAAUGCCAAAAUUUUAGCGGUUUUUAUACCGAAUAAAAAACCAACAUAAAUUUUUAAAGAUGUGUUAAAGUGUUUUGCAUAACAAAAAAUAAAAAAAAACACGCCUAAUGCUCGUUUUAAAGGUGCCAAUUAAUUGAAAAUAAUCCGCUCGUAAAAAGGUGCUAAAAAUAUUUAAUCGCAAACGAGCCAAAUACAAAAAAUAAAUAGAAAAGAAAAUAAUUGAAAGAUGCGGUUUAAUUUCUCAAGUCACACGGCAACAACGGUGACAGCAACAACACCAGCGAUGACAACUUCGGGCUUUAAUAAAGAGAAGUCAGCACAACCGUUGAAGAGACCGUCGACAAUUGAGGAGGAUCCGGAUUCGUUGGACAGUGUGAUCAGCAAUCCACAAUCGUAUCCCAUUACGAUAGUGCCCAAUCGUCCGGCCAGCUUCUAUGGCCUCUCCACAAAUGGCAAAUCUUUUCAGCGUCAGCCGAGUUGCAGAUCCCGCAACUUUCGACCUGGCAGCAUGCGACGUGUGCGACGACGGGCAGUUUUCAAGAAUGGCGACUGCAACGUGGUGCAGAAGCAUCUGCAGCGAAGGAGAGUGCGAUUUCUGCAGGACAUGUACACAACAAUGGUGGACUGGCAAUGGCGCUGGACUCUGCUGGCCUUUGCACUCAGUUUCAUAUUGUCCUGGCUGUUCUUUGCACUCAUCUGGUGGCUCAUCAUGUUCACUCACGGCGAUCUGGAGGAGCUGCAUCUGCCACACAAUCAGGAGGAUUCCGGCUGGGCGCCUUGUGUCUCGGCCAUCGAUGGCUUCACCUCCUGCUUUCUGUUCUCCAUUGAGACACAGCACACCAUUGGCUAUGGCGUUAGAACCACUUCACCCGAGUGUCCCGAGGCCAUAUUUAUGAUGUGCUUCCAGUCGAUCUAUGGCGUCAUGUCAUCGGCCUUUAUGGCCGGCAUUGUCUUUGCCAAGAUGACGCGGUCCAAGCAGCGGGCUCAGACUCUGCUCUUCUCCAAGCACGCGGUGAUCUGUCAACGGGAUGGCUGUCUCUCCCUAAUGUUCCGAGUGGGCGACAUGCGGAAAUCCCACAUCAUUGGGGCCGGAGUGAGAGCCCAGUUAAUUAGAACCCGCAACACAAAGGAGGGCGAGGUGAUGACCCAGCACUUUACGGAACUGCAGAUAGGCACAGAUGAGUCCGGAUCGGAUCUGUUCUUCAUCUGGCCGAUGGUGAUUGAGCACAGGAUCGAUGAGAACUCGCCGCUCUACAAUAUGAAUGCCACGGACAUGUUGCAGGACAAGUUCGAGAUUGUGGUUAUUCUGGAAGGCACUGUGGAGUCCACGGGUCAAUCCACACAGGCCAGAUCCAGCUAUAUUAAUACUGAGAUACUGUGGGGCCAUCGCUUUGAUCCUGUCGUCCUCUACAAUAAGGAUCUGCAGGCCUACGAGAUCGACUAUGCGCGCUUCAAUGAGACCACUCAGGUGGACACGCCCCUUUGCAGCGCCCGCGAGCUGAACGAGAUCUACAAGAUACAGGAGGGCUUUCGCACACCAGAAACCACAUUCACCAUGCGUCAGCUGUCCAACAAUCAUUCCGAUCAGGCCUCAUAAUUCUUCUGUCUCGUCCAACGUCUCGUCUUCCUAUUUGUUGUAGCUUGUAGAUUUGUUAUACCAACUCCUUCCUCCCUCCGAUUCGUUUCCCAAUUGCCCCGAUGUGCUGUUCGCCCAAUCCCUCGACCUCCUCGACGCAGUCCAACAGCUCCGGCAACAACUCCGGUCGCUGUCGGCGCUGGCAGCUGAAGUACGAGUACACAUGAACUACGAGUGCGAGUACUUGUUCUUGUUUACUUCUUACGAAAUUAAGUUAAUAAAUGUUUGAGCUUUUAGUUAACAUAAAAUUACACGUACCGUCGUCUCAUAUACUAUAAAUGACACAUAAUUGCCACUUUGCCUCCGCUUGUUGCAAAUGUAUUUCCCAAUUGCAGUUCCACUUCCAAUUCCAGUUCCAGUUUCAGUUUCAGUUCCAGUGCCCAGCCCACUCAUUAGGCAUCAUUAAUAAUACCGCUGCUGAAUUAUCAAUGCAAAGGUGACAAAAGAAAAAAAAAAACAAACACAAACACACAUUCAAUAAAACACAGA